GUUCUUAAACAGAUGGGCAUUAGGGUCGUAAAGAAUGCUUGAAAUAAUGCAGAUUCUUACUGAGGCCCUCUCCGGGGCCUGGGAAUCUAUAUUUUAAUAAGUUUAUUGUGUGCUUCUGAUGCUCACUAGCAUUAAUACUAGAUUACUGUAGGGUAGAGGUUUUCAGCCCUGUCAUUUCACAUAUUUAUUGAGCACCUACUUACUCUAGAAGUCAGGGGUAAGGCAAGGCAGGACAGGAGGAGUGUCAUUAGUUACAGAAUACUUUGGGGUUCACAGCAGGGACAGAACAUCAUGCAUUGGGGUCAGAAAAUACUUCACAGUGUUUGAGAUGAUCCUUAAAAAGAGCUCUGUUGUGUGACUGACACAUAGUGAAGAAAGAGACAGUAGUGGGAGGGGAGAGGUUUGCAGCUACAUGAGCCCAUCAGUCCACAUGAGUUUCUGAGUUAGACAGAAAAGGAGUGAGAAACAGUAGCAAGACAGGCUGGAGUAGCACCCACAGCAGAGAACCGGACGGUCCUUAGGGGGCAAUAUUUAUUAAGCCAGUGCUCAUCAAAUGUUGGUCAUGUAUCAGACAGACAGACAUUACAAGGGAAAUAAACUGUGAGCAAGACAGACACCAUCCUUUCCCUUGUGGAAUUUCCCAUCUUGUAGUGGAAACAGACAACUAAACACAAAUAUACCACUGUGAGUUGUGCUAUGUGCUUGAAGGGAAAGGAAAGGGAGGCUGGAAAAAUGGAGCAGCAGAGAGUGUGCCUCAUUAGAUGGGAAGGCCUCACAGAGGAGGUCCUAUUGAAGCCAGAACUAACCAUGGGCAGAGUGGAAGGGACGUGUAUUCUAGGCGGAAAGAAUACCUGGUAAAACAGGCCGAAAUGGGGCAGUUUGAAAUCCUUGAGGCAGGAGAGAAUUGGGUGAGUUGGAGAGAGAGAGCAAAAGCCAUGUGGCUGACAUGUAGUGAUGAGGGGGGUCCCUGAUGGCCAGGGUCAGCCUUGCAGGCAGUGAUGGACUUUAUUUGCAGUGCAGUAGUAAGUCACUGAAAGGUUUAAAGAGACAGUGCUAGGAUCUGAUUUAUAUGUUUAAAAAAUCUGGAGAACCAAUUAGGACAGCAAGGAUGGCAACAGGGAGACCAGUCAGGAGGCCACUGAACAGGUCCAGGCGUGAGAUGAUGAUGUGGCUUAGCUGAGGGUGAAAGAGGUAGUGAAAAAAGGUCCAAUUCAGAAUAUAUUUUGAAGACUGUGCUGUUAGGACUUGCUGAUGGAUUAGCUAUUAACAGGUGGAUGAAAGGGCGAUUCCUGGUUUACACAGCUGGUCGGCUGGAGGUGCUGUAACACUGAAGGCAGGGGCAGAUCAGGUCAGUUUUGGACAUGUUGCUUCUGACCUGAGAGACAUCCCAGCGGAGGCACUAAGCAGGUAGUUGGGGGAGCUCAGGGAGAUAUCUGAGCUUGGGAGAGAGGUCUGGCCUCAAGUUUACUCUGCAACCCACUCUUGGGAGAGAGAUCUGGCCUCAAGUUUACUCUUCCAUCCCAUCUCUUCCCCCUAAAUGCCUUGGAAGGAUCCCAUGAAUCACUAGGACUUCCUGGUUGCCAGACCCAGUGGAUGACUUUCAGUCUCAUCCUCCUCAGCCUCUGCAGCAUUUGACACAGUUGGCCACACUGUCCUCAAACAUCCUGUUCCUUCCCUGACACCAGUCUGCUGGUCUUCCCUGUCUCUGGCUGCUUUGCCAGCUUCUCGUCUACCCAGUUUAAAUCAAUGGUUUCCAAAUUUUAAUGGAAAAAAAAAAAACUAUGUGUACAUGUUUUGUUUCACCUUUUAAAAUUUCUAUUUUUGUGGAUGUUUUAUAAACAUGUGGAUAGCUGUAUAGCAUGCUGGGGCUGCAUAUUUAAUUUUUCUGAAGGUAUGCAUUCAAAAGAAACCAUUUUUCUGAGUGAGGGGAUUUGUAGGUAAGCUCAUUUGGCCCCAAAAUCUUAAUGCCAAUCUGCAUUCUUUUUAAUCCAGAAUGUAUCUCCCAUCCUAGUCCCUACUGAGCUCCAGAUCCCUGUAGCAGCACAGUGUAGCAGCGUUCAGUGGAGACCUGCAGGAGUUUGGUAGUGAGGAGGGAGAGGGGUGUGUUCCAGAACAAAGUGAGAGCUUUGGAAGCAAGAGAGAGCCCAGUGCAUUUGAGGCCUGAAAAAAUUCCUGGUGGCUGGCUUGAAGAUCGUGAGAGGGUCAGUAGAGAAAGAUGAGGACAGAAGGGGCCAAAGGGUGAAGUGCCUUGUGCCAAGAGGUUGGACUCUCUUCUGAGGGCAAUGGGGAGCCACUGAAGCAUUUAUAUCCAGGGAGGAGGCAUGACUUGAGGUGUAUUAGUAGAGGAUCACAGUAGUUUUUAGUUUUAAAGAUAAGUAAAGUAAGGCCUCAGAGGGGACCUCCAGAGCAGCCCAGAGAGCUAGUGACAGAGCCACCAUGACCCCCAGGCUUGUACCUCCCAGUCCAGUGCUGCAGAAUGUCCAUCCUUCAUCUCAGGCAGUGUCUGGGGCGCAGGGAACCUCCAGGUGGAGGAGACCAUGACACCUGGAACCACCAUCCAUGUAAAGUAUCCCUAAUACCUUUGCUUUGGUCCUGCCAGUGGGCUGGACUCUUAAGGAACCAAGAUAAAUAAGGCCCACUUGAUAAUUGGUCCUAUUAUUACUCUGCACUGUGUUCAGUCUUCUCAGCAGUUGUGCAAGUUAGUGGCAAGUGAAGCUAAGAGAGGUGAACUUGUUCUGUAUCAUACAGCUAGGGCCUGAGGAAGCUGUGAUUCAAACCCUCUUCUGUCCAGAUCCCAAAGCUAAAUUCUUUCCUUUUUGUACAAACCAGGAAACUCAGAUUUCAGCAGUGAAGACAGGCCCUUUAAAAUACAAUUUGAUACAAUGUGUUUACUGUUACAAGUAGAUACUGAAGUGGGCUUGUUUUGCCUUUGGAGACUGCUUAAGACUUUGGUCCAUUUGCUGGGUUUUCAGCAUGCAUAGUUCACCAGGAAAAAGGGACAAGAUCAUAAUGGUGACUCGUCAAGAGGGAGAACAGGAGUGCCUGGAGCUCAGGAUGUAGUGGGCAGGCAGGAAAUGACCAAACAAUAAGAGUGAAGGGUCUCCUGGGCCAAGCUUGAGUCAACUUUGACUUCCCUUUUCCUCACAGCCUAUAUCCAAGCCAUCAUCAAGUCCUAUUGGCUCAAAUACCUAACUGCAAACUGACCAUUUCUCACCACCUCCAUUGCUAGUACGCUAGCACCUGGUCCACACCACCAUCAUAUAUCAUCUAGCUUUUUGCAAGAACUUCCUUUUGCCCUUGCCUACAUACAGCCUACUCAACAAAACAGCCAGAGAGAGAGAGAGAGAGAGAGAGAGAGAGAGAAAGAGCCUUCUAACACAGUCAUCCUCAGCCUUAACUGCAAUUUAAAAUAUGCUGGGGAAUUCUCAAAAAGUUCCUGUGUCUGCACCUCACCCCAGAUAUUCUAACUUAAUUGAUGUGAAGUGUAGCUCAGGCAGAGGUAUUUUUAAAGCACCCCAGAUGAUUCUAACUUGUGGCCACAAUUGAGGACCACUGUUUCAGUAUGUAAAUCUCAUACGUCUCUGGCCAAACCCUCCAACACUUCCCAUUUCACUCAGAAUCUAAGACAAUGAUCUACAGGACCGUAUGUGAUCUGGCCUCCAGUGACUUCUCUUCAGUCCCCCUUGUUCAUUCCACUCCAACUUCAUUGGCCUUUUGGUUCAUCGAACAAACAAGGCACACUUCUACCUCAGGGCCUUUGCCCUUGUUCCCACUGCCUGAAACACCUAGAAGCCUGCAUGGCUUAAUCCUUAACCCCCUUUAGGUCUUUUGCUCAACCAUUGGCUUCUUGGUGAUGCCUUCCUCGUCCACCCUCUUCAAAACUGCAACUCCUGCCCACCAUUCUCUAUCCUUCUUAUCCUGUUCUAUUUUUCUUUAUAGUACUUGUCACUGUCUGACUUCUGGUGUAUUUUUUGUAUAUUGUCUGUCUCUUCUCCACUAAUCGGGAGUUUUUGUUAAUUUCUUAAAAAACAGCUAUAUACACCUAUUACCUUAAAUGCUGUCUGACUAAAUCUCUGUUGAAUAACUGAACUUCUGUGUAUUUGUCUGUUUUGGUAGUGGCUGGCUCAUGGUUUGAGCCAGGUAGAAUCAGAGGCACUAAGCGAUACCAGGGGAGAGGUGAGACACUUGGGUUUGAAGCAGAUGGUGACUGAAGCUGUGGGACCAGCCCAGAGGAAUAUGGACAUCGGGACAAAGGAGCCGCCAAAUGUGCUUCUCUCCAAGUUCAUCUUGAUGUGUGAGACCUCCAUUUGCCUGGUUACUAGACAGGCACCUGGGGUCAUCCUGGACUCCUCAUCUCCACAUCUCACCUCCUAAACAAGUUCUAUAUUAUUGUCUCAAUAUCUCCAAAGUCUGCCACUUCCUUCCAUCCACCCUUUCACAGAUAUCCUCUCCCCUAGACUACUGCCAACAACUCAGCCUGGGUGCCUCUGUUGUUCUCUGCCAAGCGGUUUAAAUGGUUUUCCUAAAACAUUUGACCUCCCUGUCUGAAAAUCUUUCACUGGGCUCCCUUCUGCCCUUGAGCCCAAAUCCCAGCUUCCACAAGGCCCUCUGUGCACGCGGACUGGACUCCCUCUCUAAACUCAUCUUUUGUCACUCAGCCCCUAAGGCUCAGGACUUCCUCACACCUGCGGGCCUCGGCUCAGAACCCAGACAAAGCGAGUGAAACGACUCUUCUUGGAAGCCUUUCCUGCUGACCGCGCUGCCUCUUCUAGCCCCCCUGAGCCUCACCUCCCGCACACUCAUUAAUGACACUGGCAGCCUGUCCCCUGUGUGGCUCGGGGCGCUUGUAGGAAGUACUGUAAUUGCAAGAUGUCUGUGUGGGUCAUUGCGUCAGGGAGAGGAGACUGGCGAGGUAGCCCCAGGGAGGCAGAAAGGGAGCCAGGAGCCAGUCCUAGAAGCCAGUGGGUGAGUGUGCAGGGUGUUCCGCUGCGUCAGCGAGGCCCGAACCGCCCUCGGGAGGAGGAGCCUGGGGUCCAGCGCCGCGCAAGCGGCCCUGGUUCCCACCCAGGGGCACUGAGCGCUCUGCGCCCUCAGACCUGGCGGGGGUCGCAGGGCUUGGUCUCACCUGGCUGCCCUCCCCAGGCGAGCUUCCUCUCGGCUUCUGCAUCCGAGCGGAAGGGGUGGACACGCCAGCUAAGCCGAAGAGUCGGUGGCCUGGGGUCCGAGGCCCCACAGGAGAACCGGCAUUCUUUCUGCGCAAGCGCGACUCUUAGGCCGGGAGGGGCGGGGCCUGGACGGGUCGGGGGCGGAGUCAGCCUCUGGGCCCGCCUCCACUAGCUCCCGUGAGCAGCCAAGUGCUGGGCACCCGGGCUAUUCUAGGGUCUUCAGGUGAGCUGGGGGCACAGAGGGGUUCGGAGACCUCCCUCGAGGUCGGGCCGUCGGUCUGACCGCGGGUCCAUCUGUCCUGCCGUCUGCCAACAGCCACAUCCGCGGAAAAUGGGAGAACAAAGGGAGGGGGCGGUUCUGGGGCCCCUGAGGGAAUCCAGGGUCCCAGGGCCCCCGCCCUGCCACCUGACACUUUCGGUUUCUCCCCGAGUCAGACGCGCCGCCCUAGAGACCCUGGGCUGGCGCUGGGCGCAGCUGCCUCUCCGCGUUUGCCUGUCCGUCUUUGUGUCUGUCUCUGUGUCUGUCUGGCUGUCUCCGAGCUUGCCUCCACUUCUAGAACUAAGCCUCUGGGACACCGACAUCCCACGAACCCUCGCCCUUUUCCCAUGGCAGGCUACUUGCCCCCAAAAGGCUACGCCCCUUCGCCCCCACCUCCCUAUCCUGUGACCGCUGGGUACCCGGAGCCGGCGCUGCAUCCUGGGCCCGGGCUGGGGCAGGCGCCAGUGCCCGCCCACGUGCCAGCCCCUGCGCCUGGCUUCGCUGUCUUCCCCUCACCCGCCCCUGGGGCCCCGGGGCCGGCUACCCCCUUCUUGCCACUGCCAGGAGUGCCUUUUGGCCUCGAAUUCCUGGUGCAGAUUGAUCAGAUCUUGAUUCACCAGAAGGCUGAGCGGGUGGAAACGCUCCUGGGCCGGGAGACUUGUAACCGGUACGAACUGCGCUCAGGGGCUGGACAGCCUCUGGGUCAGGCGGCAGAGGAAAGCAACUGCUGCGCUCGUCUGUGCUGUGGAGCCCGCCGGCCCCUGCGUGUCCGCCUGGUGGACCCCGGGGACCGAGAGGUGCUGCGCCUGAUCCGCCCCCUCCACUGUGGCUGCAGCUGCUGUCCGUGUGGCCUCCAGGAGAUGGAAGUACAGGCUCCACCUGGCACCACCAUUGGCCAUGUUCUACAGACCUGGCACCCCUUCAUCCCCAAGUUCUCCAUCCAGGAUGCUGAUCGCCAGACUGUCCUGCGAGUGGUGGGGCCCUGCUGGACCUGUGGCUGUGGCACAGAUACCAACUUUGAGGUGAAGACUCCCGAUGAAUCCCGCAGUGUGGGCCGCAUCAGCAAGCAGUGGGGGGGGCUGCUUCAAGAAGCCCUCACGGAUGCAGACGACUUUGGCCUGCAGUUCCCGCUGGACCUGGACGUGAGGGUGAAGGCUGUGCUGCUGGGAGCCACGUUCCUCAUUGACUACAUGUUCUUCGAGAAGCGAGGAGGCGAUGGGCCCUCUGCCGUCACCAGUUAGAGGCCACCUCAGGGUGAGGAGACCAUCAAAUCAACCAGAAUUCAAGAUGGUCGCCUGCCCCGACCCCUCCUCGGAGGCAGUCCCUUUCCUCCAUGUACGCUUCAGGGAAGAGACAGGGGUGCCUGAGAGGCUGGGGGCGUGGUGGCCCAUUCCUCCCCUAGUCCCCUGGCCUCCUUCACUUGUGGCCCCUAUAGAAGCGUAUGUAUGCGAGCCCUUCCCUGCUGCCUCCCACCAGCGUCCAGCCGUCCCUCAGCACACAGGCAUGUCGGCUUCUGAACUUUCCCUACCCACUGCCUCCCACUUCCUUCCCGAGCCUCUGCUCCAGGCAAGGCCUCUGGAAUGCAGGGCUCUGGGGCUCUAUGACAGGGCUGGGGUGGGGAAGGUUAAGCAGCACCAAAUACGGCAGCCAUGCCCCCUUCCCCGCAUCAGCUUGGCAAUUAGUUCGGCCCCAGACCAUGGCACUCUGAGGGGAUCCCCACCUCCCCACCAACAGUCGUAGGGCCUAGGGCCCAGGGCCAACUUCCUCCCACAGCUGGUGCUUGCUGCAACUUCCUGUGCCUUACUGAACCACCCCUCCCUUCCCCUGCCCUAGGAAGGAGGCUGCAUCUUUGUAUGUUAUAUUCAUAUAAACUUUGUAACUUUUUGGA